GAUUAUGUUUAUCCGGUACAUUUACUGGAUGGGACUCUCAUCCAGCACGUCAUUUAUUCCGGUUUCUUCCUGUUCAACGAUGUGCUAGACGCUCAAAAAAUACAUGACGCUCUUUUGGCUCUCCUCCAAAUAGGGGACUGGAAAAAGCUAGGGGGACGUUUGAGAUACAAAAAUGGAAAAUUGGAGAUCCAUGUCCCAAGAAAAUAUACAGCAGAACGACCUGCUUUCAGAUUCGCUGAUGAGUCGUUCGAUUGUGCUAUUGCAGAUCAUCCUUCCGCCGGCGAGUUCCCCCUGUCAUCCGAUGGGUUAUGUAUUAAAGCACCACCCGCUGAAAUUCGACAACUUGCCAUGGGACCAAACUUUGCGGCCUCAAUAGAGGAAAUGAUCGAUACUGAUGUACCUCAGCUAGCGGUGAAAAUCACAACAUUCACUGAUGCCACACUAAUAGCAACUUCCUAUCCACACAUCACCUGGGAUGCCACUGGCUAUCUGUCCAUGUACAAAAUGGUAGGAUUAGUGCUGGAGGGACGAGAAGAUGAGGUUUUGCCACUUCUAGGGGCACAACACGAUAUACUGGCCGAAAUGGCUAGCAAGUAUAAAAAUAGCCAAGGGGAAACCCCUCUGCUGAAGCGCAUGAACCAAGAAACAAAUCAGCAGCCACUGCCACAGAUUUCUCCUGGGGAAGAACGCUUCGUCUGUAUUCCUAUAGAUAUCAUACAACAACUUCAAAAUCGUCUUCAGGACGAAUGUUCAGAUGAUUACCUUGACGGAAGCCAAUCUCUAAAGGAAGAUGAGUUGCUGUUGGCAUGGGCAAUACAACAAGUAGCAAGAGCGGAACCAGAUCAACGGCCCCUCAAUCUAAUGAAUCUCAUAAACGCUCGACUACUCAUUCCAGCCUUAACAAAGGUCAAAGGCAUCUAUACGCAGAACAUGCUCCUAGUAGCAUCCAAUAAUUUACCCACUGAAACUGCAACAGGUCCUAUCGGCCCGAUUGCUUUCUCUCAACGGGACUGUAUCGCCAACCUAGCUGCACCAGACCAACUUGCUACAUUUCUGGUCUCUAUAUUGGGGGCAAUCGAGGCGAAUAUCGACACGAAUGCGUUGAGUAACAACACUGACUCGAUGCCUAUCAUAGUCAACAACUUAAAUAAACUUACGAAUCGGAUUGACAUUGACUUCAGCUCGGCCAUUGUACGCCAAGGGCAGGAAUCGUCAUCGAGAACGAACCCUUUGGGAACCAUGACAUUUGGCUAUGUUACAAAUCUUAGCAAUCCCUAUCCAAUACCCAAGUUGAACGUAUUGGGAAGGUUCAAUGGUGACACUUGUUGGUUGUUUGGCGAGCUUCCUAAGCGAGCCUGGGAAUUAAUGGAAGAAUAUUUAGAAAGUUUG